GAAAAGCAGGGAAGCAAAAUAUAUUAGAGAAGCACACCAGCAGGCAACGAGUCAUUGAAGAAAUUCAGAUUCUUCAAUGGCUGCCUUGCACACCAAGCUUCUCUGCCUUCUUCCUCUUCUCUUCAUCAUCAAUUGCAUUAAUGCACAAUUAGUCCAUUUCCCCCAAUUUCCUGUUCCUUUUGGCAACCCUUUCCACGUACCAGACCGGCUCUGGGGCCAUCACCAUGGCGCCGCUUGGGGUGAUCCUGACGCUGCCGUUGGGGGUGAUCCCGAAGCUGCUGCCGUUGGGGGUGAUCCUGACGCCACGGCUGCUGAAGCCGGCUUAAUUAAUGUUGCUAAGCCUGGGAACGCUCCCGACAUGAUUCCAAAGGCCGACAAUAAGCCUAAUCCCGUCAAAGCAGUGGUGGAUGCACCUGCACAGCCCGACUUCCCAACCCAAUACUUGGGAGCAUGGGAAGUUGUUAAAUUGGACGCAGGUGUGUCAGCCAUGCACUUGAAUUUGCUCCCAAACAACAAGCUCAUGAUGUACGAUGCCUCAGCCUUUCAUAUUUCCAACAUCAAAUUGCCCAGAGGAGAAUGCCUUCCCUUCAAGGAUGAUAAGGGCGUCCAGCAAACAGAUUGUUGGUCUCAUGGGGUUGAAUAUGAUGUUGAAACCAAUGAUGUUAGGCCACUCAAGAUCACUACAGACCCAUGGUGCUCAUCAGGAGGGCUUACAGCUGAUGGCAACUUCAUCAGCACUGGUGGCUGGAUGGAUGGAACAAGAAGUGUUAGAUACUUCGAUUUAUGCAAAAAUUGUGACUAUAGGGAUCUCCCAAACGCGUUGGCAGAACCAAGAUGGUAUGCAACUCAGGUGACCCUACCCGAUGGAAGAUUCUUCCUGGCGGGUGGUCGCAAGUCAUACAGCUUUGAGUACGUGCCGCCGGAAGGACAAGUCAACAAACAAGCCAUUUUCUUCCCACUCCUCGACGAGACCACCGACUUAGACGAAAACAACCUCUACCCUUUCGUCCACCUGUCCACCGACGGCAACCUCUUCAUCCUCGCCAACAGCCGCUCCGUCCUGCUCAGCACCCAGACCAACACAGUCAUCAAGGAGUUUCCAGUGUUGAAGGGUGGUUCACGAAACUACCCGGCAUCAGGGAUGUCGGCGCUGCUGCCGAUAGACCUCAGCGUCCCCAACAACGCUCCGCUCAUCCCGGCUGAGGUCAUUGUCUGUGGUGGCGCAAAGCCCGAGGCUUAUGGUCUUGCAGGCAAAGGGAACUUCCUUCCGGCCUUGCAAGACUGCGGCAGGCUUAGGAUCACAGACCCCAAUCCACAGUGGGCCACCGAACUCAUGCCCUCUGGCCGUGUCAUGGGAGAUAUGCUCAACCUCCCCACCGGAGACCUCUUGAUUAUUAACGGCGCCCAACAAGGCGCAUCAGCAUGGUUCCUGGCGGAGCAACCCAAUUUCACUCCCGUGGUUUACAGUCCCAACAACAAAGCGGGCGCCCGGUUCAGGAACCUAGUCCCGACCCAAAUAGCCAGAAUGUACCACUCAACAGCGGCCUUGCUCCCCAAUGGUAAAAUCCUGAUAGCAGGCAGCAACACCAACCCAGGCUACGACUACAAGGCCAAGUACCCAACCGAGCUCAGAGUCGAGCACUUCUCGCCGCCUUACCUUGACCCGGCAUUGGCAGCCCACAGGCCCGCCGUGAUGGCUCAGAACUCCGACGCCAAGUUGAAGUACGGGCAGCCGUUCUCGCUCCAGUUCCAGCUCCAAGACAACCCCGUUGGCAAGGCGGACAUCAAGGUCACCAUGUACUCGCCACCGUUCACGACGCACGGGUACUCGAUGAACCAAAGGUUGCUUGUUUUGGGUAAAAAUGAGCUCACAGAAGCUGGCCCCGGGGUUUACAAGCUUCAGGUGGUGGCCCCGGCGACAAACGUGUUGGCUCCGCCAGGGUACUACCUGGUUUUUGUGGUCUAUCGGGGUGUGCCUAGCGUGGGUCACUGGGUGCAGAUUCUUAAUUAAAUUAGGGCUGUAGCUAGCUCCAAGUCCAUCAUCAUCAAUCAAGCAAUCAAUGAAUUAAUUAAUUAAUUAAUCAAUCAUCUUUGAUCAUACCAUCUUGCUUCUUGGGUUUUAUGUACGUAUAUACACCAAGCAAACCUUUCAAUUAUAUACAUUCAUUGUUCUAUACGCAUUCUAUUGAUUUAUGCAACAUUCUUUUUGUAAA